GGUUCGGUCAGUCGACACGCUGACCCCGCCCCUGCCGCCCCGCCGCUCCGCCGCUAUCAAACGCACCCGCACAAACCUCCCGGUUCCCCCCGCACAGAUAACGGAAAGAUAACGGAAAGAAAGCGGCACUCAACACACCGACAGGACCGAGCAGCGACACCCGACACACGGUGAGGUCACCGCGGAGGUUUCCAUGUCGAUGUGACCGACUAACGGAAGCUAACGGUUCCCGGAAUUAUCCGCCCCCGGAGGCGGUGUUUUGGGCUGCGGGGUGAAACGGUCGGCUGGCGUCCUGCAGCAGGACCGCAGUGAGCGUCAGGGGGGUCAGAGUUCAACAACAGGAAGUGAGGUCACCUGAGUUACCUGCAGCUCGUUAAGACGGCGGCCUGAUAAUCCUCUAACGAGCUUUAGCGGCUAAGUUUGGCUGUCAGCUGUCCGCUUGCUGUGAUGCAGAUCUCCGACUCCUACAACCAGAAGAACUCGCUGUUCACCGCCAUGAGCCGCUUCAUCGGCGCCGUCAACAACAUGGACCAGACGGUGAUGGUUCCCAGCCUGCUGCGCGACGUCCCGCUGGACGCCGACGAGCAGCUGGAGGCGCUGCAGCCGGCCGGCGGCGACGGCGCCGGCAUGUACGGCUCGUACGUCCUGCUCAAGUCCAUCCGCAACGACAUGGAGUGGGGCGUCCUGCAGAACGGCGUCCUGCAGAACGGCGGGACGGACGCCGUGCGGCCGGCGGAGGACGAGGACGACCUGGAGAAACAGUUUUACUUCCACCUGAACGGACUUCACGCCGUUCUGUCCAAACUGACGCGUAAAGCCGACACGCUGACGAGCCGCUACAAGGAGGAGAUCGGCUGCAGAAACUGACUUUAACUUUAACGACGCGAAACAAAACGAAGCUUUUACACGUUUAACUCGUUAACGACAAACUGACGAGUCGCAGGAAACGAAACACAAACGUCAAUAAUAAUAAAAUCAUUUGGUGAAAGUUUUGACACCAAAACUUCAGUUAUGCAACAUUUCCUGCAAGAAAAAAACAUCUUAUUAAUAUUUUUCAUCAGUUUAACAAGUGAAAGAAUAAAAAAAUCUAACGAUUAA